AUGUCUGAUAAUAAUUGCUCGCUUCAGCUCGCAUGUUCACAAGUGAUUAUUCCGAACCUUGAAACUCCAUACCAAAAAUUCCCCAACACCGACCACUCUACCAUCGACCUUGAGGGCCAGAACGUUCUCGAUAUCAUCGCCCAGCGCCAGCAGCAGUUGGACGCAGUUUUGCACGAGAUCUCAGACCUGGGAACCAUAACAGAUGGAAUGAAAAAUAUUCAUCAGCAACUCGUUGAAAAGAAGGACAAGAUCACCCAGUCGAUGAAUUUCCACAAAGGGCUCCUAUCACCUUUGUGGCGCUUUCCAAAUGAACUCCUCUGA